AUGAUAUAUAACUUGCAAACGCAGUUCAAGAAUUUAUCUCAAAGAAUCGGUGACAUUGACAUCAAAGUGUUUAGGAUCUUAGAUAAGGUGAAGGCUGAGCCCCCUUUUAGAGAGGAAUCCUCAUUGCAUCGUAGAAUGGGAGGGAAUGUUUGAUUUUGUUAUUUUGGACCUCUUUCUCAAGUUUCACUAGACUGUAUCCUAACUCCUAAGGUUAAAAAUCAUGAGUAAAUCAUUUAUAGACUUGGCCAAUAAAAAUUAAGCUGAUGGCUCUCUGCCUAAUGGUUGCUCAAGAAGCCUUUCAAAAUAGCCUUUCACAAGUAGAGUUUCUAUAGUAGAAUAAUUUUGCAUUUAAGAAAAUAACAUAUGAUAUUUUAUUUGUAUUAGAAACCGUAAUAUUAAGGAGAUUA